UGUCCUUUUCCAGCUCGACUAAAACGUUUGACGGAGAGGAGCGGCGGAGCACCUACAACACGCAGAGUCUUAGUUUUAUUCAACUUAUUAAACACUUAAUACUUGUUAUUAUGGCUCUUGCCGGAAUUUGCCGAAUCUUGAUGUUUUCGGCUUGUUUGAUCUUUGCGUCCGCAGAGCCAAAUAAAAGUAGAGGACGCGGUUUAAUUGUCAUUGCCGGUCGGGACACUGAACCGAUUGUUGUAGAUACGCUCAGGAGCGGCCUCACGACCGUCUUCCUGCCUAUUAUUUACAUCAUCGUUCUUGCUUUGGGGUUGCCCAGCAACGCAAUGGCAUUAUGGGUCUUGCUCUUCCGGUCAAAGAAGAUUCACCCUUCUUCCAUCUACAUGGGCAACCUGGCACUGGCCGACCUGAUGUUUGUGAUCUUGACCCCACUGAAGAUCGCCUACCACCUGAAAGGGAAUAACUGGACGUUUGGGGAAGGAAUGUGUAAGGCAAUGGUUGGGUUCUUCUACGGCAACAUGUACUGCUCCAUUCUCUUCAUCAUGUGUUUGAGCGUUCAGCGUUACUGGGUCUGCGCCCACCCCCUUUCGCAACAGAGGAAAAACAACAAACUUGCCAUCAUCCUGUCUGUGUGCAUCUGGAUCUUUAUUUUGGUUAGCAGCACGCCUUUGUACCUGUACCAGCAGACUGUUUACCUGCCAGACAUGAACAUCACAACCUGCCACGACGUCAACAGUAUCACAGAGGAGAGCUUCGGCAAUGGCAAUGUCUUCCAGGAUGUAAAGAAGCCCUUCUACUACUUUAUGGUGAUGGCAGGUCUGGCUUUCUUCGUCCCGAUGGUAAUCAUAGUCGUGGCUUACGUCCUGCUCCUCCGGUCGCUUGGAAACUCAGCCAUGGAGGGCAGUGCUGGAAAAAGUCGUCGGCGUGCCGUGUUCCUCAUCAUCACGGUGCUCAUCACAUUCUUGGUCUGCUUCAUUCCCAGCAACGUGAUGGUGGUUGUACAUUACGCUCUCCUGGCGAAAGGUUGGACUAACAACGGCUACGCCUUCUACAUCACCGUGCUGUGCCUGUCCAGCCUCAACAGCUGCCUGGACCCUUUUAUUUACUAUUAUGUGUCUGACGAAUUCAGGGAACACGUCAAGAACACGUUACUGUGCCGUAGCAGUCGCACGGUGGAGAGGAUGAGGGUGUCUUUCAGCUCGAUGAAAUACUCUAAAAGGACCAAAACGUACACUUCCAGCAGUGGCCACACCGAGAACAGCACCUGCUGAGAGCACACCUGUGCAGGGUUGGGCUUGUGAUUUUCAUUCUCGUGUAUUUCAGACUGUGGCAAUACGGACUAUGGAGAUGUUCUCCUUGAAACUAUGUCGGUGUUGAGAAUUCUUUUUAGCUGAGACGUUGUUUCAAUCAAUGAGGGAGUGUCAGAAGAUGAUGUUUGGUUCAGCUGGGGCCACAAAGACACUGUUUGAACUGAACAAUCUGUUUGGACGUGUGCUUGCAACAGACUGUUAUUUAUAAGAUUUUGUACGUUUUUCCAUCGCAUGCCGCAUCAUACAGGCUAAACCUCAGAGGACUUUGAGGUCAAACACAGCCGUAAAGCUGGAAGAGGAUUAAUGAGCCAGAUCGCUCUAUAGUUACUUUUUAUAGUUUCGCAUAAUGACUUUAGUGUGAAUUUUUAGCCCACGGUGGGUUUAAAGUUAGGAGUUUGGCCAGCAAUUUGCUGUUUAUAUUAUAAAUAUUUUUUUACUUCUCUAGAUCUGUAAAAAACUGUUUAAUGACAUCAGUUUGUUAUGCAACCAGAAUUAGGUCAACUACUUUUCAUAUCUGUGAUGCUUGUUUUCAAUUAUAAAAAAUGAAUGAUGGGCAUGGUACUACGCUGGCAUGCCUGGGGCUUAUUACGUAUUUUUUCACUGAAUAUAAUCAUUGUUGAUUGCAUUUCAAACUUUUUUUCCGUGAUUAAAUUGACAAAUCAUUAUUUAAUAGAUGACUCGAAUAAGUAUUUAAUGUUUGAUUGUCAGUCGGACCUUUUUGGAGGGGCCCAAGUAAUAUCUAGCGAAAAUUCCUCCCCUAGACCUGGCACUGAACAGUCUUUAACAUCUUGUGCCAUUUCAGUUAUCUUUAAGAUCUCUGCUUUAUUAUCAGUUUGUCACACAAGAAACAAACAUAAUUAACGUAAUGUGAAACAUAUAUUAGGCUCUGUGACAUUGGUUAAUUCUGUUAAUCUGCAUCUGAAACACAGCAAUAAAACAUGAGACAUUUUUUUACAAAUUA